AUGGAUAGCUAUUGUCGGCGAUUCAGCGAUGGAAGGGGAAAUAAUCAUGGCAGGACCCCGCAAAGUUCGAUUGCAGUGGUCGGGGAAUCACGCGAUGAUAACGAGAUGAUGAAUUCUGAUCUCGUCACCACGUACGAUGAAAUCGAUUUACCUGCCGAGAAUGCAGUUGAUGAAAGAGAAGAGGGACCCGAGAGUUUCAGAACCGAAAAUCGAAUGUCAGGUAGCCAAAACGAAGAUGAACAGGAAAAAGCGAACAAUGGACUCGACUUUUUCCUUUUUAUUUUUGUCAAUGAGCCAAACCGCCGAGGAUAUCAAGAAUGGCUUUCCGAAAAUCCAGCCGAGCAAUGGCAGCUGAAAACACGCGCAGUCAUGAAUCUCCUAUUCGAUAAUCCUGAGGGUGCCGUCAUGACAAAAGCUUUCACGUUUGAUUAUCUAACAGUCGAAACAUCUUUAAUUGGUCAUCCUGAAUCUAAGAGAAUUGUUCUGCACCCCCGUCCAGAUCUAGAUGAUUAUGUAGACACAUUUGCUUAUUGUUUUCACGAUUGGUGCUAUUCUGUUUUGAGUUGGAAAACAAAGCAAAAUAGUGCCAAAUUCUUGUUUGAAUUGGGUAGAAACCUCAAUAUUUCGACUGUUUGGGAGAGACCAGCUGAAUGGCAUGGUCCACUCUACCAACAAAUCGACAGCAACGCCUUACUCUCUACAGCUGACGAUGGAUUCGCAAGGCUUCAACCACUGUUUCUGUCAAGACUUCCUCUUGAACUGCGUUCUCGAAUUUGGGGUUAUGUUGGAUCCGAAACAGCCUAUUCUGCAUUUUUAUUAGUGGUUGGGGAGACAUCACAUUUAGCACAGCAGAUCUCCCAACCAACUGAACAGCUACUCCCUAUCGAACCAAUUGUUACAUUAGAGCAGUAUUCAAUGAAGUUUACGGCACAGAAUACAUUCGAGACUUAG